UAUAUAUAAAUAUGUAUAUAAUUGUAUACCAAAUAUAGAUACAUAUAGUAUUGCCCAACCAACUAAAGGCCGUCUGUUUUAUCUCAGCUCUAUUUUUCUUAAUUGCCCAAAUGGAUUCCAGCAAACCAGUGGUAGCCUAUGACUUCUCUCCGAUGAUAAUCAUAUACAAAGAUGGCCGCGUACGGAGGCUUCAAGGCACUGAAGUUGUUCCCCCAUCUCUUGAUCCCAAGACCAAUGUUGAAUGCAAAGACGUUUUAUAUUCACCUGAAAAUGGGCUCUCGGUCAGGCUUCACAUGCUGAAAAACACCAAUCGAAACAAAAAACUUCCCCUUCUGGUUUAUUUCCACGGAGGAGGCUUCUACGCCCAAUCCCCUUUCUCUCCUCAAACCCACAAUUUCCUCAACUCUUUAGUUGCAGAAGCUAACAUCAUUGCAGUCUCGGUUGAAUACAGAAAAGCCCCUGAGCACCCCGUCCCUUGCGCUUUGGACGAUUCGUGGACUGCCCUUCAAUGGGUCGGGUCUCAUGCGCACGGAGCAGGCCUCGAAGAUUGGCUCAAUGACUACGCUGAUUUCCAGAGAGUGUUUUUCUGCGGGGACAGCGCUGGAGCCACUAUAGCUCACCAUAUGGGCUUAAGACACGGCCGAGAAAAGCUUAAGGGUGUUAAUGUGAAGGGCGUCGCUUUAUGUCAUCCGUAUUUUUGGGGCAAAGAACCUGUUGGUGAUGAGUCGACCGACGCAGAAUUCAGACAACGGCGGGAGAAAUAUUGGAAGAUGGCUUGUCCGAGCUCAAGCGGGUGCGACGACCGGCUGAUAAAUCCGGCGGCUGAUCCGAACCUAGCGAGGCUGGGGAUCGGCAGGGUGCUGGUUUUUGUGGCUGAGAAGGAUUUUCUUAGAGCAAGAGGAUGGUAUUAUUACGAGAAGUUGAAGGGAAGUGGGUGGGUGGGUGAUGUGGAAAUUGCAGAGACGGAAGGCGAGUACCAUGUUUUCCAUCUGAAAAAUCCCGCUUGCAAAAAGGCUGUGGCUAUGCUCAAGAGACUUGCUUCCUUCUUCAAUCAACAAUAAGAAAUCGAAGUUACAGAGAUCUGCAUCCAUUUUCAGGGAUUGAAACAAUUGCAGGUCACCGAUAAAAAAAUUAAAAAUAAUUCCAGUUUUAUUGU